UGCGGUUUCUCUACGGCCCUUCUUUUACAUUUCAGCUCGACGGGAGAACCCUUUGAUAAGAGACAUCUGGUCACACAGUCCUCCCUAGAUGGAGGGACUUUGGACCCUACAAUGCUGAGGGGUGAAGAUGACAUUCACGUCGAGCGACUGGCCAGGUUGGAGGCCACCAUCAAAGGGAUGCGCGAAUUCCUGGUGAGACACAUGCAAGUGUCUUCUGGUCCUGCAGACAACACCCGAGCCGCAGCGACCCUUGUCAAGGCCCGUGAUUACCUGAGGGUCAUGGAGCAAGAUGUAGAAGCUAUCAGAAAGACAGACCAUGCUGUCAGAAAAAGUGCGGAAAAAAUGCGCAGAUUACGCGACUACGUCAAGAGCACAAUUGAACGGCUUCAGAACCCUGUCGACUGCAAGUCAGCGCCCAAGCUGAGCUGCCUCCUUGACAACCCGUGGGGUUUCGCAGCCGGCGCCCAUGAUGUACUUUGGUGCUUUGUGGCAGCCUUGCAAAUGGGUCGCACGUUAAUUCUCAACAGUACUGCGUGGCACUAUGCUCCAGGCGACAGUGGCUGGACAAACUGCACUCCGACCUCUUACCGGUCCUUCCUGCAACGGUGCUGGCUCUCACAACAUGAUAGUCGACGGCUACGUCUGAAGGAGCGAAGUCCGCAUUGUGAUCUACCAGUGUCUAUAGCGAAGGACCUGGUGGCGAAUCACGGUGACCCGUACGCCUGGUGGUAUGGCCAGAUCAUGGCUUACAUCUUCCGGUUGCAGAAUUCGACACGGCAGCUGAUAGAAGACUUCAAGAUGAAGAACGGAUACAAGCAUCCUAUUGUAGCUAUGCAUAUUCGGCGCACGGACAAGAAAAAGGAAGCUGGCUUCCACAACGUGGCUGAGUACAUGCAGCAUGCUGAAGAGUUUUACAGCUCCCUGGCGCUUAAGGGCCAGUUUGUCCAGAAGCGUGUGUUCGUCGCUACUGAUGACCCCGAAGUCAUUACCGCGCUGAAAUCGAAGUUUCCAGAGUACAAAAUCAUCUCCAAUGGGCGUUCUGCCCGUGAGGCCUUUGACUUGAAGGCUCGAGCUAAAAGCACGGCUCUUACCGGGCUGCUCAUCGACAUUCACCUGCUCGCCGAGUCGGAUUACCUCGUGUGUGCCUUUUCUUCUGGGUUCUGCCGUGUCGCCUACGAGCUGAUGCAGGCCCGGUACGCGGAAACGGGUGCGGAUGCGACGCCCAAGGCAGUGUCGGUGGACAUCGAAUACUUUUACGCCUACGUGCCUUUCCCCCCUCGACGAACGUUGUACUACAACAAAGGCGUCUUCCACAACGAGCUGGAGUGGACGGCUCCAGGCUUGCCGAUAGAAUGGACAGAUAAGAUCAUGCCCAUAUCCGAGGCGAAGAAGAAGAUACACGCAGACGGUUUCAACGCUGGUCGUCUCGCUGGCUCUCGUGUGAACCGCAUCCUCACGAUAUUUCCGCGCUUUAAAACAGUGCGGACUUACUCCGUGGUGCCAUACGGUGCUUUCAACCACUCGCCCACGUAGUAGUAGAUGCGUAGAUGGACAGUGCGGUGUGCGGUGUGUUACAAUUCCAAAGAAGUAUUUUCUGGUCAGUUAGGUUAGCUGCGACUCGAUCACGUCGUCAGCU